AUGCGGCGUUUUAAUAUAAAACGCGAUUGUCACAUCAAAGCCGUUCCGAAGAAUAUAGGUCUCUCCCUCACUUCUGAAAUCUAUAGACACUCGGUGGACUCGGUCGCGUCGUAUUCUAGUCAGAAUCACGUUGACCGAAUAAGGACUCAGAACUUCUCAGCGGCUUCUUGUCAGGACGACAGCGACUUUGGCUCCAUAAAGACGAGCCUCUUCAGAAGAUCGUCGUCCAACUUGGAAUAUCCAACUAAACGUCCAGACAGCGUCACGUCCAACGCGAGCUCGACAAGAAGCCGUCUUCGAGAACUCGUCGAGAGGAAAUCGAGUCAGGACGAGCACAAAUCCGCUGCGAAUACAGUUGCCGACAUUCAAUACUUCGGGAACCCCACGGAGUCACUAGAAUUCGACAGCCCGCGUAACUCUUUAGACUCCAGGAAGAAUCAGGAGGAGAAGCCAAAGAAGAGGAAGUUAUCUAAGAGCAAAGAGCCGACCGAUAAAAAUAAGAAACAAGAGAAGUAUCAGAGCAAAUUAGCCGAUUACUACAAGGUACCGGUUCAAUUGCCACAGGACGAGUUUUAUCAGCACUUGACGCGAUCUCGGGCGGCAGAGGAGUCCCUACACAAGCGUUUCUCGAACUCCGAUACAGAGUUUAGCGGGAGCUACGGAAGACUGUGUAAACACAGGGAGGUCGAAGGGUCAAACUUGCGCCGCAGUCGAAGCUUAGCCGUUAUACGUGAGGAGACAUUCACUGAUCUACAACUUCAGAAUCACGGAAAAAACAAGAGAUCUCAGCUGAUUCCUCGGGCACGAUUGUUUGAUAAACCUUGCUUUAAAGACAGAUUGCCUGGUCGAGCAAAGUAUCAUAGCAAAGAAGAAGUCUCGGAAGGAAUAUACAUUGAAAGCACAGUCUCGUGUUUCGCUGAUAUCAACAGACAACGACAAGAAGAACCGUGUAGUCUUCCCAACACGAGCGAUAACAAUUCACUGAAAGAUAACUCACAGUGUAAUGAAAGUUUACACUCUAAAUCAGCCAACGGUAGCUGGGCAAACCUAACAGAAGAAACAAAACAAAUAAACCUUUCCGAGGAUAGCAUUGGUCAUUCUCGAAACCCGAGCGAAAUUGAUAGCUUGGAUUCAAAUUACGUUCGGAAACACUACAACUUUGAAGCGCAUUUGAAGAAUUACAAGGAAGGAUCUCCCGAUACAGAGAGGUCAUUAGCUACGCCGUCUUGCAAAGAUCUUUACAUAGUCACCGACGAAAAAGACAGCGACACGGAACAAAGAGAAAAAUUGAACACGCCGAAUUCAGAGACUAUAGGAAGAAACAGCGAAUGUAGAAACAACAGAGAAAUAGAACUUUGUAAAGUAGAUGAUCACGUGACCUAUGACAUAAUAUCUUUACAAGACAAGGAGGUUGACGUGAAAGAUAACAACCAUAGUGAAAUUUAUAGGACACAAUUGGAAAUUAGAAAGAGCGGUGAUAAUCAUUCGAUUAUUUCUGAGAACGACGGCACAGUAUCGAGCCCACCCGACAGCAUUACUUCCUAUGUAUCAAUUUCUAUCGCAUCAUCGACCGAUAAAUCUCACAAAUUAGAAUAUUUAACUCAUUCUUUAGCUGAAAAAAUCGAUGAGUAUUGUGAUUCACAGUACCAGGAUCAAGUUUCCCAAAAGUCACAAACCAUCGACACUGCGAGUCAAUCAGCUGAUAUAGAUCCUAUUUAUACAACAGUGCAAAAGAAAAAGACAUUCGCAGAUAUAAAAAGAGAAUCCUUCGAAAAGAAACACAAUUCUUAUCAAGUUAACAACAACAAAGCAAACGAGACCUACGUCAGUCGAACGUACAUCGAUACAGAAACAUACAACAAAAGAGAAGCGUGUGCAUCAAAAAAUAUAACCACUGAACCGUUUGUAACUACUUUAAUAGAAAACCAGUAUUAUUCUUUACCUGACAUAAAUAUCAGUAAAUGUCUUAGGAAGAGUGAGAGAAUAGAUGCACAAUUACGAGAAGAAGACCCGGAAGACAUUCCUAGAGAUAAUUCCUACGAAGUAGCACAAACACACUUUAGUGAAAUCAUCAACAGGGGCAACGAAAACUACGGUCAAUUGAACAAAACACAAAUAGAAUCACAACCGACAAAAACCAUAUCUCACAACACAAGCAUUUAUUUGCCCGAAUAUUCUGAAUCUCAAGUUAUACAGAAUUAUACAAAGCUCGAAGACGAUUUGAAAUCUAUAAUAACUAUCGAAAGUUCUAACGCAGAUGAUCACGGUCAUGACUUCUUUUUAGACAACCAACAAAACGAGAGGGAAAUAAAUGAAAUUGAAGGAACUAUACGUAAUACAAAACUAGUAACAAAAGGUGCAUCAAUUAAUUCGACACCUGUCGUAAAACCAGAACAAAAAAUUUUAAAAUCCUUGUCUAACGACAACAUUCAUGUAACAGCCAAAAGUAAAGCAAAAACGAAUAUCAAAAAACACUAUUCUCUACGGCAGCGAGAUCCAGUCGAUUCGGUCUCGAUUCCAAGUCCAGAUUCAGUUAUUGGCAACCUACAAAGUAUAAACAGAGAGUUUUCGAAACCGUCAUUUGCUGAAGAACUUCGAAAUCACAUUCUGUUGUCAAGAGUUCGGUCGUUCAAGACAACAGAAGAAUUGAAAAUAGACAUUGUUCCCCUAAGCGGUCACCAAACUCUUGUUAUAAACCCACCUGUGCAGCAAAAAAAGGAAGUAAAAGAAAAUAAAAGCACGCCUAAACAUUCGGAGGCAGAGUUUAGUACAAAGUCGGAAAAUUGUACUCAGCCAAUAGCAACUUCAAAAGAGACUACGCAAGACACUUUCAUAAAAAGUGAGGAGGUUAAUACAGAGCUUAAAUCGUUAGGCAAUAAAGACUCAUUUAUAACAAUAAAACUAAACAAAGUAAUAAAGAAAAAUUUACAAAAACUGAACACUGAUAAGUGUGAUGACAUUUUUAACAUACAAGUCAUCAAUAGAGAAGCCCCCUUCAAAACUAAUCUUAAAAGAUCACAAAAACUAUUCUUUGACCCGGAAAUUCGAUACUAA